UUCGGCUCAGACGCUUGGCCAGUUUCUCGUUGACAACAGCGUGCAGCUGAGCCAUGCAGAUUGCACUGGGUGAGGACCAGGCCAAACCGAUGACGCUGCCAUUCCCGCCGGCUCGAUCCAGGAGCACAUCAGCCGGAAGCUCUGCUGAACACGUGGAGGAGAGGACGAGCCCCGCGCGCUACCCCAAGCUGCUGGAUGUGACACGCUGCCAGGGCCUGGAGGAGACUCUCGGUGAGUACGCUGCGAAGGUGCACUGCUCGAGCAAGUGGCCAGGAACGCCAUCCGGGCUACCGGACAUUGAAUAUCCCAUCGCCUGGGUGGAUGCCUUGGCACCGAUCUCGAGCUCUUGCCCCGGCAGUUCAUAUGGAGCACCCCCGGGUUUGGAGCAAUUCGCCGAGGACCAGCUUCCGAACUCCUGCCCUGCGAGUUUCUUUGAGCCACCGCCUGGCUUGCAAGAGAUCCCUGCGUGGGAGGAAUGUCAAAUCUUCAUUCCGCCCGUGCAUGAUGUGGUGCCGCCACCCCCUUCUGCACCACCUGUCUUGCCUGACUCCUUGAAGUACAGUUAUCCGGAGUAUGUCAGUGUGUCUAUGCACACUGCACCCGCCGAAGUGAGUGUUGGCUCAUUGAACCAUGCAGAUGGCACAUGCAAGCCCUGCGCGUUCAUGCACACCAAGGGUUGCCAGAGCGGGGCUGAUUGCAGCUUUUGUCACCUCUGCCCGCCGGGGGAAAAGAAGCGUCGGGCAAAGCUUACGAAGCAAGCAGCCAAGCUCAGUGAGGCCGCAGGAGCUGCGGUCAUGGAAGCCGAGCUGCCAAUGAUAUGAAUACCCGGGUUACCCAUCCCAUGUGUACAGUUUAUGGGUCCCCGCGUAUGGCUGAACACCGCCUAGCGGUGCAGCCGGCGUAGAAGCGCAGCACUGGAGCAUGGAGCGUUGGCCAUGACAUCUGUUG